UCCGGAGGUGGCGCCUCGUCCCGGGCCACGCCUCCCCGGGCGCCGGCCCUCCGCGGUUGCCGGGCGGCCUUGGAUACCUGGCGGCCUUGGCUGCCGGACCGCGUCAGGUGAAGGCGGCGGCCACUGGGGCUCAGGUAACCAUGGAGAAAGAGCUUCGGAGCACCAUUCUAUUUAAUGCGUACAAAAAGGAGCUAUUUACCACUAACAAUGGCUAUAAAUCUGUGCAGAAAAAACUUCGAAGUAAUUGGAAGAUUCAGAGCUUAAAAGAUGAAAUCACAUCUGAGAAGCUAAUUGGGGUGAAACUGUGGAUUACAGCUGGGCCAAGGGAAAAAUUUACUGCAGCUGAGUUUGAGGUCCUGAAGAAGUACCUUGACAGUGGUGGCAGUAUCCUUGUGAUGCUAGGAGAAGGUGGAGAAUCCAGAUUCGAUACCAAUAUCAACUUUUUACUAGAAGAAUAUGGAAUCAUGGUUAAUAAUGAUGCUGUUGUUAGAAAUGUGUAUUACAAGUAUUUCCAUCCUAAAGAAGCUCUAGUUUCUGAUGGAGUCCUGAACAGGGAAAUUAGCCGAGCUGCAGGAAAGGCGGUGCCUGGAAUCAUUGACGAGGAAAGCAGUGGCAACAAUGCCCAGGCUCUCACCUUUGUCUAUCCUUUUGGUGCCACAUUGAGUGUCAUGAAACCAGCAGUGGCUGUUCUGUCUACAGGCUCUGUCUGCUUCCCACUUAACAGACCCAUUCUAGCUUUCUAUCACUCAAAGAACCAAGGUGGGAAGCUGGCAGUGCUUGGCUCAUGUCACAUGUUCAGUGACCAAUAUUUGGACAAAGAAGAAAACAGCAAAAUCAUGGAUGUUGUUUUCCAGUGGUUCACGACAGAAGAUAUCCACCUAAACCAGAUUGAUGCUGAGGACCCUGAGAUUUCUGACUACAUGAUGCUGCCUGACACAGCCAGCCUGUCUGACCGCCUUCGAGUGUGUCUCCAGGAGGGCGAUGAGAACCCACGGGACUUUACCACCCUCUUCGACCUGUCCAUUUACCAGCUGGAUACCACCUGCCUCCCCAAGGUCAUCAAGGCUCACGAGCAGCUAAACGUGAAACAUGAACCCCUCCAGCUCAUACAACCUCAGUUUGAGACACCGCUGCCAGCCCUUCAGCCUGCGGUUUUCCCUCCUAGUUUCAGGGAAUUACCACCUCCUCCUCUGGAGCUGUUUGACUUAGAUGAGACAUUCUCCUCUGAGAAGGCACGGCUUGCUCAGAUUACCAAUAAGUGUACUGAAGAAGAUCUGGAAUUCUAUGUGAGGAAGUGUGGUGACAUUCUUGGAGUAACCAGUAAACUACCAAAGGACCAACAAGAUGCCAAACAUAUCCUUGAGCACAUCUUCUUCCAAGUGGUGGAGUUCAAGAAAUUGAACCAGGAACAUGACAUUGAUAUGAGCGAAAUGGCAUUCCAGAACAAUUUCUGAAGACUGUGCCUCUUGAAGCAUUUUCUGCCUCCUGACUCUUCUCUUUAUAAUCUAUUUUUGAAUUCUUCCUCAACUGCUUAUCUUUCCUCUAUGAGCUGUGGAAGGUCUGUGCAUUUUCUGUAGUACCUAGAUAGGUAUAAGAUACCUAAUUUACAAACUAUCCUUAUGUAAGAUAUGCUCCAUUUUUUAAUUAAAUCUAUGUUGAAUUUGUACUUUUAUAAUUUAUGAAACAGUCUUUCACUGAAGUCUUUUUUUUUUUACACCUCUAGUUCUGGAUUUGAGUCUCUUUUUAUCAAAGGCAUAAAUAACUCUCUAGCUUGUUGUAAAUACUGUACAGCUUUCUGGACUAGUUCAGAAGGAUACAAAACAAACUUAACCCGCAGUCUGUUUGCCCCACUGCACCUAAGGAAAAAGAUAAAAUAGUAGGUAGAUACCUUCCUUACAUAGACCAUUCACCCCUUCAUCUCCCAGCUGCCCACAGGACAUAACCAUUUAGAAGCCGUAAUCUCCACUCACACUUUCCUCUGCUCUUCUGACCUCCUGAAGCCCUCAAUUCUGCCAUCAUUUUGGGUUACAAUGCAGGGCAAAAUGUGAUCAUCUGUCCCAAAGAGGCUAGACAGUGUUGUCAUGGGACAGUGGGAGAGACUGCACCUGCCUGAAUGGGGCAGUUGAUGGAAAUGCACAACAGUGUACUGGAAUACACCGGAAACCAGCUUUGGGGAACCCUGAACGCCAAACAGAAGGUUGCAGAGCCACUGAAGGUGUGCAAAGGAUGUGGCACAGUGGGAGUAGUUUAGCUGGACGGUUCUAUAAAGAUGGGAAGGAAGGCCAUUUAGGGGAAAGUAUGAUAUAAACCCAAGAGGAAGUAACAAGGAUGUGGACUAAAGUGCUGUUGUAAAGAUGGAAGGGGGAGCCACUUUGCUCAGAGGGCAAAGUCUGGGGGCUCUAAUCUCAUCUGUCUCAGCUGGGAGACAAGCAGCUGCAGAAAAGCACCGGGGAGUGCUGUGGCAGUGUGUUCAGAAUACAUUCCCACAAAGUAUUCAACAAUUGUCUCCCAACCCAUAGCUCUUCUCUUACACUGUGGGUUUGAUGUUCCUCCCAUGGAGAGAGGUGGGGUCUCUGUUCCCACCCUCUGAAUCGGGCCCAUGUGACUUCUGAGGCUAGGUCAUAACAGGCCAUACAGCUUCUGCCUGGUUCUCUAGGGACAUUCAUUUAGAGCACAAGCCUCCAUGUAAGAAAUCCGAGGCCACAUGGAUAAGCCACAUAUAGGUGUUCUGGCCAAUAGCCAGAGGUCCCAACCUAUACCAGCAUCACCUGACAAACAUGAUACCUUCCAAAUGAUUCCUGGCUCCAGCCCUAAGGGCACCCUGGCCUUUAAGUCAUCCCAACUGAGGCCCAGACACCAAGGAGCAGAGACAAGCCAUCCCUGCUGUGUCCUUUCUGAGUUCUUGACUCAAAGAAUCCAAAAUAUAAUAAAAUGGCAAUUUUAAGCCACUGAUUUGGAGUAAUUUGUUAUGUAAUUUGCAAUAGAUAACUAGAAUAAAAAUACCUACGAUCUUGGAAUUUUUUGGCUCUAACUGAAUCUAAUCUAACUUUACUUUCCAAAGGGAUAGCUGAGGCCUAGGGAGGCCUAGGUGGGGAAGAGACUGACAGCCUGCCUACUAAUCCACUUCUUCACCACAGUUUCCCAACCCAAGAAGGUGCUGUGGAGGAGGCAAAACUUGUGCUGCUGCAGGGGUCAGCAGGCUUUUGCCCUUCAUCCAUGAAUGGUUAGUGGCAAGAAUGUAUUUUUUUACCCCAACUUCUAUGAAAAUUUCAUAACAUAGAAAAGCAGAAAGAAUAAUAAAAUAACAUCAAUGUGCCUACCAUAUUAUCAAAAAUAAACAUUGCCAUGUAUG